GCAUGUAGUUAUACUGUAAGUGAUUGAUUUUAUUGAAAGAUGUAUCCCUUUCUAGUUUCUAACCAAUGAGUCUUUGGUGUUUUUUUCAACCCAUUCUCCAUGUCUUAAUGUUGUGCUAUAUCAAAAGAGGAAUACAUCGAGAUCAUGUUGUAAAUAAUUAUGGUUACACCUAAAUUGUUGAGUCUUGAAAACCCAUAAUAAAAUUAAUCUUCAUUUCUUUAUUGUCAAGACACAGCACUGAACUGAACAAUGAUAUGGAGGAUCCCCAGCCCACUUCAGUCCCAGUUAACACUCCAGACAGUACUGGCCAUGUAGCAGCACCACAGCAAGAACAUGAUCUUGUACAAACUGAUGUCCAAGGAACAUCUUUGGAACUGCUAUCAGCAGCAGCUGAAAUCAAGAGGCUACAACAACAAGUUCAUCAGUCUGAAGUCUUAUUCAAUGAAUACAGAGUGUGGUAUGAACAACAUGAAGCUACAUUGGGAAAUCCUGUAAGUGAUGACAAACCCAAACCACUGACUGUUCAGGAGAUUUUAAAGGAGGAAUCACAGAUUCAAGGAUUAUUUGAAUAUUAUACAGGAUUCAAAUUCUCAACAUUCCAGGCCCUACUUGACUUUCUCACUAUUCAGGCCCCACAACACCAUAAUAACAGGAAAGACAUAGUUAACAUGGAGUGCGAGGAUAAACUGUUGUUAACAUUGAUGAGACUGCGACACAAUUUUGGUCUUAAAGAUCUGGCUUUUAGAUUUGCUAUCUCCACUCAAGCAGUGAUUUGCAGAACAGGAUGCGAACCUCUGGCAUACCGUGAAACGUUGUAAGUUCGCAAGUCCCUGUCGCAGAUGGAAGAAACUUGUAAACUAGGCCUGCUGCACAUCAGAUCUUGUCACUCUUAGAUAUUGAAGAAUGGAGGAAGGGUAAUACUAUAUAAUUUUGGGAAUGGGGCAUGGGGUAAUAAUGUACUGAUGAUUUGUUAUCAACACAGAAUUAAUGCUUUGUCCUUAAAAAGAGGACAAAAGGGAGGGAUAAAUGUCUAUGUUAUGCCUUUAUGUAAGCUGCUAUUCACUUCAUUUGCAGAACUUGGAUGAGUGCAUUAAAGGAAUAAUUAAAUAUAAUUAAUAU